UUUGUGUGUCACUCGUAAAUCUAUUAUCUGCCCGCCUUCUCUUAUUCGAGACAGUUUCGUAGCUGUUUAACAAUUAAAACCAUCGUUCAACCGUCCUUAAUCGAGCACUUGUUCGAGUUUACAUCCGGCUAUCAUCAGUUUGUUUAAUUUAGAGACAUCCACUAUGGCACAAAUUAAAGAUCAAGAUUCUAUCAUGGGGAAAUUUAUAGAAGAAAAGGAAGUCGCUCGAGGAGAUUGGUUGGCAUUACGUAAAAUUACCUAUUCUGACCCCAAGGGAAAAACAAGAACAUGGGAAACAGUAAGUCGAGUUGUCAAUGACAAAACUUCGGAACGAGCUGUUUGUGUGAUUGCUGUUCUCAAGCGAACACUAAAGUUUGACAGCAUUCUCUUAGUGAAACAGUAUCGGCCUCCACUUAGAACCUGUACCAUUGAGUUUCCUGCUGGGAUGAUCGAUGUGAAUGAAACAGCUGAAGUAUCUGCCUGUCGCGAACUGAAAGAAGAGACUGGUUAUGUGGGCAUUGUGAAACAUGUUUCACCAACAACUUGUCUUGAUCCUGGAGUUGGCAACAAUUUGGUAACAUUGGCUACUGUUGAAAUUGAUGGAGAUGACCCCAGCAAUCAAUCACCCAAGCCAGAGCUGGAACCAUGUGAAUUCAUAGAAACAAUAAAAGUUCCUAUUUGUGAAUUAUUGGUUCAACUGAAUGAAUUUGCUGCCCUUGGUUACGUUAUCAACUCUCAGGUUUACAGUUAUGCGAUUGCAAUGGAACAGUGCAAGAAGAAAAAACAAAUAGUUUGAUAUUUCUUAUAAUCUUUCUUUUUUUACCAAACAUGAUUAUAUUUUUCUAAAAGUUAAAAAUAAAGAACAUUUUCAUUUUAUCUAAGCAACCACUA